AUGGACCUUAACGCUCAAAAUUUCGGGAGCGUGACGACUGGUUGACCCGUUGUCAAUAUGUGACCGACUGGGUUGUUCUGCCGGGUGUCUUCGGCAGUAUGCUCCAUCGAUGAGAACACCAUAAAUCUGGCAUCUCACACAUCCGCGCUAUCACAAGGUGGGAAAUACAAACAUACCACACUCAAUGUACACUCGCAUGUUUCUCGUAAACAAAGUAGGCCGUCCGUGAAUGACCAUAGCUUUUGAUAGGAUGUUAAACAGUGUAAACAAACAAUCACAGUCCACGUGGUCCGUCUAUUUGUGGGGUUUGUUUACGAGUGUUGAGGUUGUCGGGGUUCAUUGGUUUCAUAUAGAUUAGCGGCUUCCGUGCACGUGGUGUUCUCUGGAUCCGUGUAAUCAGUCCUGGAAUACAUCUAAUUACUAAACUGCUGUCAUCUUUAUACAGAUUGGAUAUAAUCAUCGGAUAAAAUGACGGAGGGAGAAGGUUCUGGGCUUGUUCUGGUGGAUUACAUCACAUUUGGAUCUACUAUCCUCAUAUCAAUUUCUAUCGGUGUGUAUUUUGCACUGGCGGGAGGAAAACAGAAAACUACUAAUGAAUAUCUUCUGGGAAAUCGUCACAUGAAAGCACUUCCGGUUGCAUUGUCACUGAUGGUAACCUUCGAAUCUUCAAUCACCAUGCUUGGAUUUCCGGCGGAAGUGUACGUUCAUGGGAUCAUGUAUUGGUGGUCACUGACUUCGUUUUUGUUUGCUAAUUUAAUUGGAGUACUGAUCUGGGUUCCUCUAAUACAUCCACUCAAAGUAACCAGUGUUUACCAAUAUCUUGAGCUUCGGUACAAAUCACGUUCAAUGCGCCUCCUGGGAACUUGCGUGUCGGGUCUGGGAACGAUAUUUUACAUGGGAUCAGUACUUUACGGCCCUGCUAUUGCCCUAGAUGCAGUCACAGAAUUUCCAUUAUGGGCUUCCGUAGCAAUGGUGGCGUCGGUGUCCGUUCUUUAUACGGCAAUAGGCGGUAUAAAGGCUGUGAUCUGGACAGAUGUAUUUCAGUGCCUGGUCAUGCUGAUAGGAAUGUUUUCUGUGAUCAUCCAGGGAACUAUAAAUGCCGGAGGCUCUGCAAAGAUGUUUGAGAUCGGCGCUGAUAAUGGAAGACUUAAUUUUUUCAAUUUUGAUCCUGACCCUUUUGUACGCCAUACCUUCUGGAGUUUGGUAGUUGGAUCAAGUAUCCAGAUGACCGGCAUGAUAUAUAGACAAUCGUCUGUACAGAGGAUCAGCUCCAUGCCUACACAACAGUCAGCCAAACGAGUCCUUUUAUUUGCUGGCCCGGCCUUUCUAUUUACCAUGUCGCUAGCAGCGUUUGAGGGACUAAUCGCUUUUGCCUAUUUUUAUGUCAAAGGAUGUGAUCCUCUAGCGUCCAAACAAAUCGAUAAUCCCAAUCAGGUAAUGCCAUUUAUGGUACUGGACAUCUUCAGGAAUCUGCCGGGGAUGUCUGGUCUCUUUUUGGCCUCGCUCUUCAGCGCAUCCUUAAGUACGUUAUCAUCCGGGCUAGCAAGUCUUUCUGCUCAACUGACGGAAGACUUCAUCAAGCCUAAUUUUAAGGGAUUGACGGAUAUCAAAACAACAAUCGUAGCUAAAAUUUCAGUGCUAGUGUUUGGAAUGGCAGCUGUUGCGGUUUCCUUUAUGAUAAUCAACAUUGAGGGUCCGAUAACUCAGGUUUCCCAUUGUAUUCAGGCAGCCUUUACUGCCCCAUUAACGGGACUGAUGUUUUACUCAGCAUAUUUUCCAACAGCGACCAAAAAGGGGGCUAUAGCCGGAGUCAUCAGUAGCAUGUCCUUUAUAUUCUGGAUAUCAAUGGGACAAAGUUUUUCCACAACCCUGAAGAAGACACCAUAUCUUCCGCCGGGUCCGACAGAUCAAUGCCAAGCGUUUGGGGGGAACACCACUGGUUUAUUGAACAGCACUUACCUGUACAACACCACAUACUUCUACUCUUCGACCGAAACCUCCACUGCUAUGCCAUCAGAAUUCUCGGGAUUCAACGAAAAUGAAGGAAUUAACAGGUUGUAUGCCAUUUCCUACCAAUGGCUUGGUACGUUGGGUAUUAUCAUCUUCCUUGUCAUUGGCUCGCUCGUCAGUUACGUCACAGGGCGGCCUGAUCCUGCUGACGUGGAUGUUCGGUACAUACUUCCAAUAGUAGACCACGUAUUUCCCUUUUUACCAAAACGUUUUAGGACAUGGUGCUAUGGUGGUGCACCGUUUGAAAAGCGACAAGAACUUCUAGAAAGAAUGAACAAAGGGGUCAUGGAAGAAGAGGUCACCUUUCUCCGAAGCAUGGACGCUGAACAUUUGAUUAACGGGAAACAAAGUAAAGACGAAAAGUCACCCAAUAUUCAACUGUAUCUAGAACUACGGUACAAAUCGCGUGGAAUCCGCCUCUUGGGAACAUGCGUGGCAGGAUUGGGAACGAUAUUUUACCUGGGAUCAGUACUGUAUGGCCCUGCUAUUGCCCUGGAUGCAGUCACGGAAUUACCAGUGUGGUCAUCCAUAGUACUGGUAGCGUCGGUGUCCGUGCUGUACACGUCCAUAGGUGGUCUUAAGGCUGUGAUCUGGACAGACGUCUUUCAGUGUCUGGUCAUGCUGAUAGGAAUGCUCUCUGUGAUCACCAAGGGAACUAUAACUUCCGGAGGGUCAGCAAAGUUGUUUGAGAUAGUUAGUAAAAAUGAAAGACUUAAUUUCUUCAAUUUUGAUCCAGACCCGUUUGUACGACAUACCUUCUGGAGUCUUGUGAUUGGAUCUAGUAUUCGAAUGACUGGGAUAGUAUUUAACCAAUCGUCUGUACAGAGGAUCAGCUCAAUGCCUACACAACGUGCUGCGAGCAGAGUCCUCCUGUUGGCUGGUCCAGCCUUUCUGUUCACCAUGUCGUUAGCAGCCUUUGAGGGAAUAAUCGCUUUCGCAUAUUUCUAUUCCAAAGGAUGCGAUCCUCUAGCAUCCAAACAAAUCACCAAUCCCAAUCAGGUAAUUCCAUUCAUGGUACUGGACAUCUUCAAGAAUCUGCCAGGCAUGUCUGGUCUCUUUAUGGCCUCGCUCUUUAGUGCCUCGCUAAGUACAUUAUCUUCUGGGCUAGCAAGUUUAUCUGCUCAACUUACAGAAGAUUUUAUAAAACCUACAUUUAAAGGUUUAUCGGAUUUCAAAAUAACACUUAUAGCAAAAUUAUCCGUAAUAGUGUUUGGAAUGGCCGCUGUCGCGGUAUCCUUUAUGAUAGUCAACAUCGAGGGCCCGAUAUAUCAGGUGGCAAGUAGUAUUAUGGCAGCAUUCAGUGCACCGAUGACAGGGUUGAUGCUUUAUUCAGCAUAUUUUACUACAGCUACCAAAAAGGGAGCUGUUGCCGGAGUCGUCAGUAGCAUGUCCUUUAUAUUCUGGAUAUCAAUGGGACAAAGUUUCUCCACGACCCUGAAAAAAACUCCAUAUCUUCCGCCGGGACCGACGGAUCAAUGUCCAGCUUUUGGGGUGAACACCACCGGUUUAUUGAACAGCACUUACGCAUUGAACAACACAUACUUCUACGCCUCGACCGAACCCUCCGCUACCACCCAAUCAGUAUUCUCGGGAUUCAAUGAAAAUGAAGGACUUGACAGGAUGUAUGCAAUUUCCUACCAAUGGCUCGGUACCUUGGGUAUUGCCACCUUCCUCGUGGUUGCAUCACUCGUCAGUUACGUCACAGGUCGACCAGAUCCAGCUGAAGUGGAUGUUCGGUACAUACUUCCAAUAGUAGACCACGUUUUCCCUUUUCUACCAAAACGUUUCAGGACAUGGUGCUAUGGAGGUGCACCAUUUGAAAGGCGACAACAGCUUUUAGACAACAUGGACAAAGGAAUCAUGGACCAUGAGGUCACUUUUCUGAGUAACAUGGACACAGAAAAUACAUUAAAUGAAAAGAAUUGAAAAUGUAACCAAUUUCAUCAAUAUAUAGCAAAGUCAAUGACUUCUGCAUUUAUAUGUUGCGCAGUGUCAUAUUUAAAUUUUUUGUUCUAUAUCAAUCAGACCUAUAUCAGAACUUUCUCAGGUGAAUAGCAGUUACACACUACCUUGAAUCAAUUGCAGAAUACUCGUUUGUUAUCGUGCAGGAUGACACUAAUACAUCGAUGAAUUUCCAUAAUUUUCGGCUGAUAAUUUGACUGAUUAUUAUUAUGCCACAUAUCUUUUUACUGCAAGAUGUUUGACUGUACUUUGAUAAAUGGAUCGGUUUCGUAAAUGAUAUAAGUAAUUGACAAAUCAUAAAUAUUUACAACAAGGUAUUCUGUUGUGAUCUGUUAAUAAAUGAUAAUACUUUAAUUUCCAUAGCUCCUAGACAGUAGGUGUCGUUUAUUUGUCCAUCAAUACAGGAUUCUACUAUUAUCCUGUAUAUAUCCUGCAUUAAAUAAUUUGAUUAGUUGAUAAAUCUUCACUAAGUAAUAUAUUUGCCUCGUUUUAUAUUAGUAUAAACAUAAUGUAUAUUUUUAUAUAUCCACUAAACGAUAUUUGGUUGUAAUCUUUUAAUAGACUAACUAAUGGCUUGCAUCAAUUUUCAUGAAAUCACUCUGUUAUUCAUUCAGUAUAUUUAAAAUGUUUAUGUAAAUAUUACAUACAUGUAUGCGUUUAUUUCAGAAAUAAAAUUAAAGCUAUACUCAGGCUAUCAAUUGUUAAUUGAUAUUCAUAUUACAAGGUCAACCGCAUAUCAUCCUCCACCAUAGGGCCUUAAACUGGCACAUUCGAGCAAAGCAUUGUCCUUAAACGAUCCUGUAAUCAAGACAGGUAAUCAAUAACCCCAAAUGUUGUGCACACGUGACAAACACGUGAUAUACACGUGAAAAACAAGUGAAAAUAUAGUACAAGUUGUAUUAUCGAAUCAUUAAGUUACAGUACGAUACAGGGAUAUACUCCACCAUUGUCAUGUCGGAGACAUAUUACAGUAAAACGGUAUAUCUAUUUGUCCCGUAAAGUGUGUUUGCUGUUCAUAAAGAUAUAUGACGGGCCUCUAGAAUUGUCUUUAAUUGGAAACUUACAUAUUUGGAAAUAGGUUGUUAUUAUCUACCCAACGUGAAAGCGUCAAUGAACACAAUGUAUAUAAAACAUAUAAGUUAAUAUACACUGGUGUAGUUGGACAGAAAUUUGCAUCUUGAAAAGGUAGACAAUAGAAUAAAAUACUAUUUAAUCAAGGAGUCUGAGAAUAGACAAUUAGAAUCAGACGUUUUACGUGUUUUGUUCUGUAUUCAGUAACUCUUCAUUUCUGGAGGAAAUAAAGGAAAUAAUAUUAAUAUGCGGUUCAGUAUACGUUUAGCUGGCACUGGGUUCUAUAUAUUUAUAGUGAAACUGAUUAUAGGAGACCAUAGUAGAAUAGAAAUAUUCGUAUUACUAAAUAAUUAAUAUAUAUGGUGAAUUUAAACAACACAAUUUAUUUCAAUGUGUUAUUGUUUAAUAUUUUCGUUGAUGGUAAAAAUCUUAAUGGAUUUAUUAUCACUUCGCGUUUUUAUUUCAAUGAGAGACUUGAUAGGCGUUCUGCCAUUUCCUACCAAUAGUUCCGUACCUUGGGUGUUAACAUCUUCCUCAAUAUCGGGUCAACUGCCAGUCGCAUCACAGGUAUAUUUCUACAUCAGCAUUAAAAUAACAAGAAUCAAAUCAAAUCGUCGCAUUACAGUGUCAAACAAUAACAAGAUAUAUGGAAAAAUAAGAUUAAUAACAAACAUUCUGAGAGUAUUGCUUAAGCUAUACAUGUCCCCUACCGGCCCACGCUUAGCAGUAACAGUGAUCUUGACCCUCUCCCCCUGUAGCUAUUCAUACUGAAAAUUUAAGUUUAAAACUAUGAAUGAAUAUAAACACAUAAGUAACCAAUGUAUCAUUUCACCUACUUUGUAGGGGUGGUGGUGAUAUAGCCCUUAUUAAGAUAUUCAGUAAGUGUCUGAGGCGUGAGUGAGAAACUUUGUGUUGAUAAAUUAAUUCAUUCAACGAAUUCUAUACAGCCUAUAUAGAUUGUCUGUCCAUGAUGAUAGUAAAGGUACAAGAUAUCAUCCUCCCACAGUUCACCGGUUCAUCUCCAGUUUAAGCCACUUUGAAUCACACGGAGAACUGACAUUAAGAUACUUUAAAUACCAAUAACUUAAACAGUACUGAACGACGCACGGCAACUAACAUUAUGACAUAUAUAAAAGACUGGAACACUUCUGAACGUUACAUGGGGACUGACGUUACGGCAUAUAUACGACAACAUCAAAACAACUAAGAAUGAAAAUGGUGGACAAAAGGAAUUAUACCGUAGGAAAUUAACAUGGACCCACAUUGUGACAUAUGUAUGCACAUUGACUCUCCUGAACGUAUCGCGAAUACACUAUAUCGUUGUGUAUCCCUACCUAUCUACUGUAUACAUCACUUCCUUUCUACUUUUUGAUACUUUAAAAAAGUCAUACUUGAAUGAGGUCUAAAACGAUACAGAACAGCCAGGCAAUUAUUUCCAACUUUUUUUUUUACUUUUGACAUUUUUAUUCAGAUUUUCCACAUAAAGUAAUUACAUGAUACAGAAAGAAACAAAGACAACUUUCACACACACUUGCAUACACAGACUGUAUAUAUAUAUAACUUGAAUACAGAGUAUGUAGCUUAGCUAUAACUAAUAGGUGAAUAAUACAUGGAAACAAAUCUUUCAUAGAGGCAGCAUAUGGUAUAAAAUAAUAUGACAGAGGGGAUGACAAAAUGCAUGAAUCAAUUCUUUCUGUCUAUUGAUCAAAAAGAAUACGAAAAAGCCUCCAUUUGUGAGUGAAUAAAGUGUACCUACCAUUUUAUGGUUGAUGUAUAUUUUCCCAUAUUGUAAUAGUAAGUAUUCUCUUUACACUUUCAAACAUGAGCUGUUCCCCUUUAACACGCUGUUUAUAGAUAUAUUGUUUAACAAUGAGUAUAAUAAGGCUAUGUAUGUCAUAUUGUUUACCUAUUUUUCCAAACAAUAUAUUUUUUUUUGACUGAUUUAAAUAUAUAAAAUUUUUUCAAAUAUCCAAUUUUCAAGUCAUAUCCACAGCCUCUCAACGUGUUCACAUUCAUAAAACAUAUGUAAAAGUGUUUCAUCUUCUUCUUUACAAAUUGUACAAGACGGAUCAUCAUAUAUAUUUAUCUUAGUAAGGUAGUCAUGUGUUGCCAAUAUUCUAUGUAUAAGCCUGUAUUGGAGCCAUCUCAACGAGACUUCAUUCGUUGUUUAAACACUGUUAUUUGAAUUUUUUUUAGUUCAAUUUCAGUAGUUUCUUAUACAUUUUUCAAUGUAAUUUGUAUUAAACUUGAGUCUAGAAAUAAAAAUGUCGUACAUAUCUC